ACACACCCGAAUGUUGACAAGAAAUUAUUUUCUACUGACAGCAUUAUUGCCUUAAAAAACCCUGGUAAAGGAUUCCCUGUUAAUCAACCAUUGGGUGUUCUUAGAUGGCGAUUCAUUACAAAAGAUGAGACAUUAAUUCCGUUAUCAAUAAAUUGUUGGCCUUCCCCUGCUGGAGAUGGAACGAUCGAUGUCAAUAUCGAAUAUGAAUUGGAAAGUGAGAAUCAAGAAUUUAAAGAUGUAGUGAUCUCCAUUCCAUUGCCUCCUGUUGGAAAUCCUGUUGUUGGUGAU